AUGGAUUCAAUUAUUCCUCUCAUUGACAACACGAUUCUACUUCUUUCAUCGGCCGAAAAGGCAUACGAGAAGGUCCAAAAUGAUAACCAACUAAAGGUUAGCUUCCAUUCAGCAGGCGAAGGUCUUGUAGAUGUCAUAUCUGCUCUCCAAAGUAUCAAGCCUCUUAUCGGAAGUGCAAAUUCGGGUGGAGAUAUCGAAGCCGCUGAGACUUCUGUCAGGGAGUGCCAGAAAAAGGCGAAGCUAUCCAAACGACUGUUUGUCCAUAUCGCUGAGGCUCCGCCGAACAAGAGACUCCACGGGUACAUGACCUACCUUGCACUUCAAGACGACGAUCAAAUGGCGGAGAUACUUGUACGAGGAAUGAUGGCGAACGUAUGUGACUUGGCCAAGCAAGCCGGCGUGGCAGAAACUAUCAAGAGUAGCCUGAAGAAACUGGCAUGGGCAAUCGAGGAAUUGGACGAAGAAAUUUCCAAACAGAAGACAAAUGAGAAAGCUGGUACCGUUCACCACAGCGGAGUUGGUGAUCUGUACAGUGCCAAAGAUGCCGCAACGCAAAUUAACAACACUGGCACAGGCAACCAAUACAACGGAACAGAUAAAUCGCACUAA